CCAGCCUCCAGAAGUCGGGUGCCUUGGUCGGAAGAGAGGCUGUUGGUCAUCGCCAAGGAUCCUAUUCACUCAGGUGAGGGAGGACUCUGAGGAUCUAGCAGAAACCAAGGAGCUCCAUCAUCUGCCGGAAUCUUGGUCUGAGGCAGUCUUCAGGUCACAGGAAGAAAAGGACCAGGCAGUUCCAAGAGUCAAGAUGAGGUGCAACCCGUGGAAACGGACCCACAAACAAGGCGCGUCGUCCACAUCGCGCAGCCGUGUGCCAGUUGAACCCAGGACAGGCAUGGUUCUUCGUUCUCAUAAGUGUCGGCUCUGCAAGCUUGUGGGAGAGCUUGGAGGAGAGGCACCAGAAGGGGGCUUCAAGAUAGCUCUGAUCGGUGUGAGACAGGGGGAUGCUGCCUCUCCCUCCUCUCCUCCGACUUUGCCCACCCAAAGGGAGGUGUCUGCUGCUGGGCCAUCCAGUGGUGCUCAGGUCCUUCCAACCACUUGCUCUGUCACUCACCACAGCUGCCCUGCAGGGAGUGAAUCCCAUGGUAGGGCAGAUGCCUCUCAGGAGGAAGCAAGCCCUGAGGCCCUACUCCAGCAAGCACUAGAUGUGAAAAGGUGUGAGUUGAUGCAGUUCCUCCUCCGUAAAUAUCGGAUGAAGGAGCUGUUCACCAGGGCCGAAAUGCUGUCUUAUGUCAUCAGAGAGCACAAAGGGCAUUUCCGUGAGAUCUUCGGUAAGGUGUUGAAUUGCCUACAGGUGGCCCUUGGCAUUGAUUUGAGGGUAGUAGACCCCAUUCAGCACUGCUAUGUGCUUGAAACAGCCCUGGGCCUCACCUAUGAUGGAAUGCAGGAUCACGAUCAGAGCAUGCCCAAGACGAGCUUCCUGAUCAUGGUCCUGGGCCUGAUCUUCUCGAAAGGCAACUGUGCCCCUGAGGAGGAGUUGUGGGAAUCUCUGAGUGUGAUGGAUGUGUAUGAUGGUAGAGAGCACCACCUCUAUGGGGAGCCCCGGAAGCUCCUCACGGAGGAGUGGGUGCGGGAAGGGUACGUUGAGUACCGGCAGGUGCCCCACAGUGAUCCUGCUCGCUACAAGUUCCUGUGGGGUCCCAGGGCCCAUGCUGAAACCACCAAGAUGAGAGUCCUGCAACAUUUGGCCAAGUUCAAUCAGGUGGAUCCCAGAUCCUUCUCAUCUCUGUAUGAUGAAGCUUUGAGAGAUGAGAAUGAGAGGGCCCAGGCAGGGGAGGCCGCUCAGGCUGGUGGGGAUACCAGGGCCUGAGCUAGGCUCUCUUCCAGCAGCUUCUCCCACCCCUUUGAAUUCCAUGUCUAUUGUUUAAAGAGACCCGUCCAGGUUCUGAGGGGUGCAAGGGCAGGGUGGGUUAGAGGACACACACUGUGCA